GUCAUAUUAUAUUGGCAUAUCGAGAACAUGAGGGUAGCUUAUGCCUAAGACUACCUAGGUAUAGUGUACUAUGCCGUUUUCGUCUGCGGUGUGAGGGUUCGACUGGCAGAAUUUUGUGGCGGUCUUUCACCGCAUGGAGCGCCGCUCAUUACCGCUCUGGGCGCCCCGAGCUUCCAGGCUAACAAGGGUCUAACAAGGGUAUUGGGUGCCGUUGAAACCCGCGACGUGAAGCCAAAGAAAAGAGACACAGACCUGCGCCAACCACGAGAUAUUUGUAGGGCAUGGGCUGGAUGGCCCGACCGAUUCGUCUUUGUCCUUGACAGCAAGCGGAGGGGUAUAUUCAUUAACACAAAGGCCGCGCCGUCUUGGUAUCACGAUGGAGUCACCGCCGGAUAGUCCCGUCGCGCAAAGCACCCACUCGCCGCCCGACAGGGCGUACUACCCCGGCCAGCCCAAGUCUCUCGAGGGCAUCGCCAUCCGUUCCUUCUGUCUCGGCGUGGCGCUCACCUUCUCCGGGACGGCAAUGGUCCUGACUCUUGUCUUAACUUCCUCUCCGCUGUGGCGUCUCCCUUUCUUCAUCGGCGCCCUGUCCACCUUCCACUUCCUCGAGUUCUGGACUACUGCCAAGUACAAUACCCCCGUCGCGAACAUUGGCUCGUUUCUCCUGACUGCGAACUGGCCGGCGUAUGCGAUCGCCCAUGUGUUGGCGUCGGUGGAGUGUCUCCUGACCAACCUCCUAUUUCCGAAUCGGUCGUGGGCGCCUUUUUACAGCGACCAAUUCAUCUUGGUAUUGGGUUUUCUUAUGGUCAUUGUCGGACAGUUCGUCCGCAGCGCAGCCAUGGUGCAGGCCGGCCAGUCCUUCAACCACACUGUCCAGCACUACAAGAAGGACACCCACGCCCUGGUUACCACAGGCCUGUAUUCGUUCCUGCGGCACCCGGCAUACUUUGGAUUCUUCUACUGGGGGAUAGGGACGCAAAUGGUUCUGGGGAACCCGUUCUGCUUCGUAGGUUAUGCUAUCGUGUUGUGGCAGUUCUUCUCCAAGAGAGUACGGCACGAGGAGGCGUUGCUUGUUCGUUUCUUCGGGGACGAUUACCUUAAUUAUAAGAAUAAGGUUGGCACGCUGAUGCCGUUUGUGGGAAGUUGAAAGGACAUGCCGGUGGGAAUGACGGAGUUCAUGUUACUUCCUCUGAGCAAGGAUAAGCGAAGAACGGCAUAUGUAUAGAGUAGAAAUAAACUACCUACCCCUACUUACCUUUGGCGAGUUUUAGCCGGUGCUGCCACCUAUUUUCAUGGAUAAAAGACUCCUUUUUAUAAGUUUAAGUAUCGUAACUUUCAGGGUCCCCGCCCCCAUCGUGGCCCUGGCCACGGGCUUAUCGCAUGCAUCCCGGCAUAAUUGUAGGUAUCACUAUACAGCACCUAGGUGCCUAGGUAGUAUUCUGGCAUAUAU